AUGGACACUCUGAAAUCCCUCAACUUAUCAGCAUCAAACCCUUUUCAUUUUCGUUCCAAACUCUCUCUUUUUCGUCAAACAUUCAAUUUACUUCACUUCAAACCCUCCACUUCUUCUUCUCCUCGCCUCUUUCCCCUUUCAUACUCCUCUCUCACCAAUGGUUCUGCUGAGAUAAGCAAGGAAGGUACUUUGCCUAGAGGUGUUGGAGAAGGGGUUAGUCAAGCCUCACAUCCCAAGAUUCUUCAAGUUGUUCUUGUUUCACCUCAGAUUCCAGGAAACACCGGCUGCAUUGCUAGAACAUGUGCAGCAUCAGCUGUCGGACUACACUUAGUUGGGCCCUUGGGAUAUAAGGUGGAUGAUACCAAACUAAAGCGAGCCGGAUUGGACUACUGGCCAUACGUGGUUGUCAAAAUUCACGAUUCUUGGGAAGGUUUUCGUGAUUAUUUUUUGCAACAGGAGGGUGAAAAGCGAUUGCUAGCGUUUACAAAGAGGGGAACGAAAAUUCAUUCUAAUUUUUCGUACAGAAAAGGCGAUUAUCUAUUAUUCGGUGCUGAAACUACUGGUCUUCCACCUGAAGCUUUGUUAGACUGCAAAACUGAACCGUUUGGUGGCGGGACUCUAAAGAUCCCGAUGGUUGAAACGUAUGUUAGGUGUUUGAAUCUAUCGGUAAGCGUUGGCAUAGCUUUGUAUGAAGCUUCUAGACAAUUAAACUAUGAAUCACUUCAGUUACCUUCAGAAUCAUGUGUUGAUACUGAGGAGGAAUCAUUCAUUACUGAAGACAUUUUUGGAUGA